UAACCUUUGCAAUGGUAUUUUCAGAUACACCAUACACAAAUGAUGGAAAGGUUAUCAAAACGAAUCACCCUCUAAUGAUAAUGGUAAAGUCCAAACAGACACAAUUGCUGGACCAUCCACUAGUUUCAGCUCUUCUUAGAAGGAAGUGGAUAAGGAUUGGUCUUUUUUUAUCUUUCGCUAAUUUUUUGCUGUAUGCGGUCUUUCUGUUAUUGCUUACUGGUUUUGCAAUCGAUGUGCGAGCUCCAUAUGAAUUCAAUAAUUCGCCAUCUUACAAUGAAGUUGAGUGUUCGGAAUUUGAAAAUGACAGAAUUCCAGAAUUUGCAAGGAUUGCACAACCCGGAAUCAUCAUCGUGGCUGUUGUAGUUAUUUUGAUUGAGAUUCUAGAAAUGAAACAAAUGUUUUCUUGGAAAGUGUGGUUAUAUUUUAUGGAAAUAGAAAAUUGGCUGGAAUGGGUAACAUGCAUUACUGCAAUUAUUUUUGUGGUGGAUAUAAAUGGUUGUGACAUCGAGUUUGGAUAUAAGCCGCCAUUUCAAUGGAUUUGUGGGACGAUCUCUGUGUUCUUUGCUUGGACCAAUAUGUUAUGCAUCAUACAGAAAUUUGACUGGCUUGGAAUAUACGUUGUUAUGUUGAAACGAAUCAUCAAGAUGUUUACAAAGUUCUUUCUUGUCUUUUUCUAUCUGAUUGUAGCAUUUGCCAUAUCCUUCCACUGUCUGUUUCAAAACCAGCAACAUUUUGGUACAUUUUGGAUAUCAUUUAUGAAAACUACUUCAAUGAUGAUUGGUGGUCCGGACUUUGUCACCACAUUUUUGGAUGAGACCGUGCAUUAUAAGCCAAUAAGCUAUGUGUUUUUCUACGGCUUCAUGUUGUUGAUGACCAUUGUUGUCAUCAAUCUUCUGGUUGGCUUGGCAGUAAGCAAUAUACACGAAUUCCAGAAAAAGGCUGGUCAUACUAAGAAACAAAUGCAGGUAAAAUAG